UGCGCAGAGGCCUGGCGCUGGCGGACUAGAGGCCCACCUUGGUUUAGGGGAAAGAAACUUGCCUGGGGGACUCUAGGGGUGGGGUUGAUACCUCCUGAAGGCUACUGAUGGUGGUUCUGGAUCUGGAUCCACAAACAAAGGAAGUUAAUCGCAGGGAUAAAGGUCACCAGAGCCUCAGGAGUUUGCUUUCGUUGCACGGAAGUCCGGAAAUCCUGGCUGCUGUGUCCCUAGAGAAUCCAGGAGCAGAAAUGGAGACAGUUGUGAUUGUGGCCAUUGGGGUGCUGGCAACCAUCUUCCUGGCUUCGUUUGUGGCCUUGGUGGUUGUGUGCAGGCACCGUUACUGCCGUCCCAAGGACUUCUUGAGUCAUUAUGAUACCAAGCCCAUCGUUGACCUAAUUGGCACAAUGGAAACCCAGUCGGAACCUUCCGAACUGGAGCUAGAUGACGUGGUGAUAACAAACCCGCAUAUUGAAGCAAUCCUGGAGAAUGAAGAUUGGGUUGAAGAUGCUUCGGGCCUGGUUUCCCACUGCAUUGCUAUUCUGAAGAUCUGCCACACCCUCACAGAAAAGCUUGUUGCCAUGACAAUGGGCUCGGGGGCCCAAAUGAAGUCUCCAGCCAGCCUCAGUGACAUCAUUGUGGUAGCCAAGCGGAUCAGCCCCAGAGUGGACGAUGUUGUCAGAUCCAUGUACCCCCCGCUGGAUCCCAAGCUUUUGGAUGCCAGGACAACAGCCCUGCUGCUUUCUGUCAGCCAUCUGGUCUUGGUUACCCGCAACGCCUGCCACUCGCCCCGCGGCAUGGACUGGAUCGACCAGUCGCUGUCUGCUGCUGAGGAGCACAUGGCCGUUCUGCGCGAGGCAGCCCUUGCCUCUGAACCAGAGCGCAUUACACCUUGCGCUGAGGGCUUCCUCCAGGAGCAAUCUGCAAUUUGAGUGACACAACAGAAGCUCUCCGACACGCUCGUUCUCUCCAUCUCCUCUUCCUUAGCCCCCCAUCCAGCAUCACUGUCAAGAAUAAGGAACGUGGCCUGCCCCACAGAAUAGCUUUGCUUACCAGGGAGCAUGUUCCCAGACCUGCAGGACGGAAUCUCUGCUUGGUUGCUUCCUUCUAGCUCUCCUGUGCAUGGAACAGCAGCUGCCCUGAGACAGACAGUAGCUGCGGCGCUUGGUGUUUUUCUAUCAUUAGAAGAAGAAUUUAGUUGUGCUAACAGCUCUACAAUGCCAGGCAGUGGGGGAUGAAUGCUGAAAAUCUUAGGUCUGGAUCCAAACAACUCUUUUAGGUGGGCCAAAAGGGCCUGACUAGUGGGUUUUCUUCUGCAUUGCUUGGAAUCCUGAUUUGUAUUCCUACUGCUUUAUUUAUUAUUGUUUAGCUCAACCAACUGCCCAAACUGGAAACUGCAGAGACCUUCAAACGUGAUUAUUGUCUUCUGUUCCAGUGCAUAGUUCUAAUUUUGAAUUGAGAUUCUCCAACUUUUUCAAUCAUGAGAGAUUUUUUUGCACAUAUGAAAAAUCUCUGUCAGUAUUUCCCCUCCUUUUAGAACAUAAUUUAUCUAAUUUUCAUGACAAUUGCUUAAGCGAGGGCAGUCCUUUAAGGACAUCUUCCUCCAUCAACAGUAGCUCAUUUUCACAUUACAGCGAGUGCAGAAAUAUGUGUUUGUAUGAAAGAGCCAAUACAUGAUGUUUACAAAUGAAACCAGGGAUCAGUACCUGGAUAAAGAUGGGGUUAAAAUCACACAUUCAAAUGGAUACACAUGUUGAAUGCAACACAGAAGAAUUAUUCAACACAUUUAAAGAAAAAUCAAAGUGUACAGUGUACAUGGAUCAAAUAUGUGCUCACUGUCACUUGUGAACAGGGCUUUUAUCUAUGGCUUUCUUCUGUCCACUCCAAGCCACACUGUUAGGGUUGCCAGCUCCCAGUUGGGAAAUACCUGGAGAUUUGGGGGGUGGAGCCUGGGAAGGGGCUGGAGCUCAGCACGUUAUAAUUUCAUAGAGUCCACUAUCAAAAGUAGCCAUUUUCUCCAGGGGGGCUGAUCUCUGUUGUCUGGAGAUCAGUUGUAAUUCCAGAUCUCCAGCUACCACCCAGAAGUUGGCAACCCAAGAUUCUUCAUAUCACAUUCUAGGUGUUUCUGGCUACACAGUCUCUCUCUUCUUUCGUUUUUUUGCAAGUUGUAGGGCUGAGCCCUGGAAUAAGAAAGAGGUUCUGAAGUUAAGCCUUGGGGGCCCUUGUCUCAACGAAACCCUACUUGCUGUGAUAUUAUAACAGAGUCCCUUCUUUGAAAGGGAGCUUUGGCUGUAGUCCAGCUCCAGGGGUCUUCAGCAGCAUGCGUCUUACUCAUGCUACACUCCUUUGCUUGGGGAGGGCUCAGUUGUUCACACACUGGGACUCCUAGCUUUUCUGUCCAAGCUGUUAACAAAAUAAUAAAGUGGGGAUCUCCAUCAUCUA